CCUCCGCCCUUCAUCUCCGCAGGCAUCAUGCUGCGGAUUUCUGCCUUUCGGCUGCUAGGACGCACGGGGGCGAAUAGGCUCUCUCUGCUGGCGGACUUUAACUUACGCCACUACAGUUCGGACCCUCUCGGUGUUCGGGACGAUACCCGCGACGCGCGCGCCUACUUCACCACACCCAUCUUCUACGUGAACGCGGCGCCGCAUAUCGGGCACCUGUACUCGGCGCUACUGGCUGACGCCUUGUGCCGACACCAUCGCCUCCGAGUUCCCAGCGCCGCCGCCACGCGAUUCUCCACUGGUACCGAUGAGCACGGCCUCAAGAUUCAGCAGGCAGCAGCCGCUGCGGGCCUGGCUCCGUCCGAGCUGUGCGACAGAGUCUCUGCCCAGUUCCAGCAGCUGUUCCGGGAGGCUGACAUCUCCUCCACCGACUUCAUCCGCACCACUGAGGCCCGGCAUCGGAUGGCUGUGCAGCACUUCUGGGGGGUGCUGAAGGCUCGGGGUCUUCUCUACAAGGGGCUCUAUGAAGGUUGGUAUUGCGCCUCCGACGAGUGCUUCCUGCCUGAAGCCAAGGUCACCAGGCAGCCCGGCCCGUCGGGGGAUUUGUGUCCUGUAUCUCUGGAGAGCGGGCAUCCCGUCUCCUGGACCAAGGAAGAAAACUACAUUUUCAGGCUUUCCCAGUUCCGGGAGCCGCUCCAGCGGUGGCUGCGGGGCGACCCUCAGGCCAUCACCCCGGAGCCAUUCCAUCACGCAGUCCUUCAGUGGCUGGAAGAGGAGCUGCCGGACCUAUCCGUCUCUCGAAGGAGUAGCCACUUGCACUGGGGCAUUCCGGUGCCCGGGGACGAUUCGCAGACCAUCUACGUAUGGCUGGAUGCCUUGGUCAACUACCUUACUGUAAUUGGCUACCCAAACCCUGAGUUCAAAUCUUGGUGGCCCACGACCUCUCAUAUCAUAGGCAAGGACAUUCUCAAAUUCCAUGCUAUCUAUUGGCCUGCCCUCCUCUUAGGGGCCGGCAUGAGCCCACCACACCGCAUCUAUGUUCACUCCCACUGGACAGUCUGUGGUCAAAAGAUGUCUAAGAGCUUGGGCAACGUGGUGGAUCCCAGGACAUGCCUUGACCGCUAUACUGUGGAUGGCUUCCGCUACUUUCUCCUUCGUCAGGGUGUCCCCAACUGGGACUGUGAUUACUAUGGUGAAAAGGUGGUUAAGUUGUUGGAUUCCGAGCUGGCAUUUGCUUUGGGAGGUCUCUUGAACCGAUGCACUGCCAACAGAAUAAAUCCUUCUGGGACCUAUCCGGCUUUUUGCACUACCUGCUUUCCCAGUGAGCCAGGGUUGGUGGGGCCAACAGGUCGUGCUCAGGCAGAGGACUAUGCUCUGGUGAGCGCAGUGGCCACUUUGCCCAAGCAGGUGGCAGACCACUAUGAUAACUUUCAGAUCUAUAAGGCUCUGGAGGCAGUAUCCAGCUGUGUCCGGCAAACUAAUGGCUUUGUCCAAAGGCAUGCACCAUGGAAGUUGAACUGGGAGAGCCCAGUGGAUGCUCCCUGGCUGGGUACUGUGCUUCACGUGGCCUUGGAAUGUUUGCGAGUCUUUGGAACUUUGCUCCAACCUGUCACCCCAAGCCUAGCUGACAAGCUGCUGUCUAGGUUGGGGGUCUCUGCCACAGAGAGGGGCCUUGGAGAACUCCAUUUCUUGCCUCGAUUCUAUGGACAUCCAUGCCCUUUUGAAGGGAGGAGGCUGGGACCUGAAACUGGGGUCUUGUUUCCAAGACUGGACCAGUCCAGGGCCUGGCUGGUAAAAGCCCAUAAGACCUAGAAACUCAGUUCUUAUUAGCUUGUGGUAAAAAAGCAAACAUCUUAUUUUCUUAUUUUGCAUUUUCAGGAAAGUUAUACUAAUGCUUUCUAAAGUGUUGCAUCAAACGAGCACAUAAGUAAUGUCCCUGUGAAAAGAGGUCUGUAGCCUUUCAGAAGCCUACUCCCUACUCUUCAGUUCUCUGUGUCCAUUUACCACUGUCCUUUGCACCCCAGUGUCUCUAAGAUGUCUCCAGGGGAAAGGUGGGUAAGAGACAACUUUGCUGAUACUACUCCUUCUCAUUGUGCCUCUGUCCAAACCACAGUUAUUUGCCCAGACUACCUCUCAUGGCUUGUUUGUCACUGGCCUGGCCUCUGCUGGGCAAAUUAGUGCGUGUGGGGGUUGGAGGCCCCCUUCCUCAGCUUUUACUUUGUUAUAUAUGUUGUGUCUCCUGUUAAAAAGAGGUUGUUUCAUUAAACCUUUAAAAACCAGUGUCCUAGACUAGAUGAUUUUUGCCUAUGUUUAUAUUCUCAAUUCUUAACAACCAUGACUCCCUGCUUUGCUAGUUAAUAAUCCAGUAGUUGUGCUUUGUAACAUUACACUUUAACCAGUA